CUGCUCCUACUGCUGGGAAUUCUUGCCACAGCAUGGGUGCUGUAUGGCAUCGGGAAGUUGAUUAUGUCCAGAGUAAGGCGGACCGGCAAAUUGCGCUACGGUGACAAGGAGCUGGCUAUACAACAAAGGCUUCGCGCGCUGGAUACCUUUAGAGGGAUAGCCAUAGUCUUCAUGAUAUUUGUGAACGACGGCGCAGGCGGGUACUGGUGGCUGGAGCAUGCCACGUGGAACGGCCUGGUAGCUGGCGAUCUGGUUUUUCCCGCCUUCCUUUGGAUCAUGGGCGUUUGCAUCCCUCUCAGUGUGAAGAGCGCCUUUGCAAAGGGCGUCCCGAGGUGGAAGAUAUGCUUACAUAUUCUCAGGCGAUCAGUGAUCAUGUUCUUGCUGGGAAUGUCCCUGAAUACGAUAUACGGCUCGAACAUGCUACAUGAGCUUCGGAUCAUGGGUGUGCUACAACGACUCGCCGUGGCCUACCUCGUCGCGGCGGGGUUCUAUGCACUCACCGCUCCAAAGUACUAUACACCGCCCAGG